AUCGUCAUCCAACUGUACGUUCAGACACAAAAUACAUGACAUGACAAAAUGAAAAUUUUAGAAUGAAAAACAAUAAGCCAACAUGGAGAUGGCCGAUCGACGAUUAAAAUCGAGAUUCGAUUAUGAUAGCAAGAGCUGAGGAUGGAGAAUCGUGGUUUGGGGGCAAGAAUUAUAAUUAGUUGUUCAGACAAGAAAUGCAGCAGCAUCGCCAUUGUUGAGCUAGCUAGGGUUUCCAUUAUUACAUUAUAUUAAUGGUAUAUAUAUAAUGCCACCUGCAGCAAGGGCUACCCAUUCUCAUCCUCAUCCUCCUCCUCCUCGUAGCUCCAAUAAAUUGAUUCCUUACUUGGCUUUCGUAAUCUUCUCCGCCAUUUUUGUCUUCAAGGUCGACAUUCUGAUUUCGCAGACAAUCUCGUCGGCGAGAAGAAACCAGGUGGAGGCGAUGAUGAGAAGCAGGGGUAGUGAAAAAGUGGUGGUCCGAAACGGGACAUUUCAUCAGCACUUUAUCCAUUCUUGGGGGGAAGAUCGAGCCCACAUACUCGAAGAUGGAGAGCUGCUCGAAUUAUCUCUGGAUAAGCUGUCCGGAGCUGGAUUCGAAUCCAGAAGAACAUUCUUGUUCGCCAAGAUCGACAUGCAGAUCAAGCUCAUCCCUGGAAACUCCGCCGGCACUGUAACAACCUAUUAUCUGUCGUCGGAAGGCAACCGGCACGACGAGAUCGAUUUCGAGUUUCUGGGGAAUUCGACGGGGAAUCCUUACACUCUCCACACCAACGUUUUCUGCCAGGGAAAAGGCGAACGUGAGCAGCAAUUCUUUCUGUGGUUCGAUCCCACCCAGGAUUUCCAUACUUACACGAUUCUCUGGAACCCCAAAACUAUUCUGUUCUUGGUGGACGAAAUUCCGAUAAGGCAAUUCAGGAACAUGGAGAGGUAUCACGUGCCGUUCCCAAAAGCUCAGCCGAUGAGGCUCUACUCCAGCCUGUGGAACGCCGACGACUGGGCGACGCAGGGCGGCCGAGUCAAGACCGACUGGUCGGCGGCGCCGUUCGUGGCGGCGUACCGGAAUUUCUCCGUCGACGGUUGCGUUUGGUCAUACAGGACGAAGAGCUCCGCCUGCACCGCCGAGGAGUUGCAGUCCCGGCCGGCGAUGACGGCGGAGCUCGACCGGAGGAGCCGGCUCAGGAUGAGGAAGGUGCAGAGGGACCAUAUGGUCUAUGACUAUUGCCGGGACAGGUGGCGCUUUCCUAGAGGCCCCGCCAGGGAAUGCAGAUACAACUAAUUAAUUAAUUUUUAACUAUUAAAUUGUCCUUAAUUUUGUUAAUUAGGUUGUUGUAUUAUAUUUAGG